ACUUUUUGACUUCCUUGUCAAUAGUUCUAAAAUUCAGAAAUCCAAUUUCUCUUAUCACGCCCUCGUAGGUAGAACACAAAGCAAACCAAAACGUGACCAGAUGGGUUGCAGAAUAAAUCCCUCAAACCCUCCAUUUCUGUUCAAACCCUCAGCUGAAAAACUAAGGCCAAGACUGAAAACAAUCACCUUCUCUUCCUCUCCUUCUUCUUCCAGUCAAAACCAGCAACGACCACCCAGUUCCUUUGCCACCCCAGAUACUCAAACCCAAUUGCCAAAAUCUGAAAUUUACUCUGUUGAUUUCAAAACUUUGAAAGCUUGCAAGCUUGGCAUUUCCCAAUAUCCUGACUUUGAAUACAAUGCAGAAGGUGGAAGAGGAACUGGGUCUGGUAAAAAAGUCACAGAAAACAGCUUGACUGAUGAAAUCAUUUCAGUUUCAUUUGACCUCAACACAGUCUACAUUCCACCAUUGAAGAGUGCAACAACUAAGUUUUUGGGUCUUCCAUUGCCACCAUUUCUGAAGAUUGAUAUUGUCCCAGAACUCUUCCAAGGGAGCAUAAAUAAAGAAUCUGGAAAGGUUGGACUUGAAUUCAAGGCCAAGUUUUGGUUCUCAGUUGGGAGUAUCUAUAAAGCUCCACCAUUGCUGGUGGAGACCAUGUUGACAUCUGAGGAGUCGAAUGGGACAAUGAGAAGUGCGAAAGGAGAGAGGUUGGAUGAAAAUGGAAACUGCAGAUUGGUUGGUGUGGCAACCGUUGAUCCGAUUGAUGAUUUCCUUAUGAAUUCCUUCCUUGGCCUUCCCACUGAAUGCCUUGCCGAUCUCAAUGCCAUCAUUUCCUUAUCUGCUUGUUCUUAAACCAUGAAAUGGACUGAUUCUAUAUUCUCCAUUUAUAUUUUGUAUAGAAAGGAAAGGAACGUAUGUUGAAAGUUUUAUAAUCAGUACAUCCAAUUGAAUAGAAAAAGACCAGUAUGGGUCAUUUUGAUUA